AUGACUUCCGAAACCAUGGACACUCAUGAAGCUGAACCAAAGUCGGAAGUAGAGAAGUUGGAGUCUGAUUUGAAGCAAAUGGCGCAGAAGAUUCUCGAAUACCGAACAACGCUUCCGGAUCAGCUCAGCUCCGCACUCCGUUCGAUUCUCGAUGCCCACAGACCCUAUCUCCCAUCGGGUGCAUCAGAACAAAACAUGUCUAGAGAAGAAACUUCAUCUGCUUCAGAAGACCCUGAGACUGCCAAGAAACUAAAAUUGCUUAAUGAAAAGAUCUCAAGCAAUUGCUCUGUUAUGCCAAUUGUUUUGAAAAGGAUGAAAGAUUGCAUUGCCAGAAUUGAGAAGUUUGAUUCAUGCAAUGAUGCUAUGAUUCAUCCGGCCUUCAAAAGGAAGAAAACUGGAUAG